GUUUAACUAGUUAAAUAACUACUUCCCUAUUUACGGAACAAUGAGUCUUCUUAGAAAUAGAUUUAGACAAUGAAAUUAUUGACAAUGAAAUUAUUGACAAUAUACCGAAACACAUAUAAUGGUCCUAAUAGAUAUAUCCAUGAAAAUCAAGUAUUGUUCACAUCUACACUGCCCCUUAGAACCAGUGUGCGUACGACAACGAUCGUAUAAUUGCUAUCGUACCCAGCACAUUAGAUACCUAAUAUCUACUUCUGGUUUCCAACGCUAAUCCAAUGGAAACCUUUGGAAUAACCGACAGGACGAAAAUUUACGGGGCCGAAGUCCGUCCCGUGCCCGGGAUCGGGUUUGGGAUGUUCGCGACAAAGAACUUAGAGGUCGGGGAUAUCGUGAUGAUAGAGUAUCCGGUGAUCGAGAUCGGGCACGCCGGGUCCAUCGCGGAGCUCUGCGACAGGUACUUCAGCCUGCCGCCGGCGGAACUGCGGACCGUCGACGCGCUGCACUGCGACCCGACCAAGCUCGAGGACGCAAUCGCCAAUCCCCAGCACCAAGACAACGUCUACCGCUGGGUGCACAAGAAGCAGCGGGCGGGCGAGUUCCUGCCCGAGACCGACACGCACCAGGUGGCGUGGCUGCUGCUGCGGCUGUGGGCGCUCUUCUGGACGAACUGCUCGGCGACGCCGAAUAACAAGAGCGGGCUGUACCCGGCGUUCUCGCGCGCGAACCAUAGCUGCCGGCCGAACGUGACGUGGCCGAUCGAGAUGAUGGACGGCGAGGCGAAGUUGACGAUGACGGCGACGCGCGAGAUCCGGGCCGGCCAGGAGAUCUUCGUCACGUAUUGCAGCAGCAUGCGCACGCUGCCCUUGAAAGAGAGGCGGAGCAAGCUCAUGAACUGGGGGUUUACUUGUCGGUGCGAGCUGUGCACUUCCGAGGAAGAAAAACUCGCACACGGCGGCAGAUCGCUGCGUCCGCGGAGGUAGUAGUGCAUAUAUAGGUACCCAAACGUAUAUUCAUCAUCGCGAGUAAGUAAGGUAUACCUACCUAGUAGGUACCCAGGUAACGUACCUAGGCAGGGACGCUCCCACUCUCGAUACAGCCGUGCUUAAAGAAAGCCACCUGUUUUCAUAUUAAUGCAGAUUUCUUUUCUAACAAAUGUUUAACACUUCAAGGUUGUUUAUAUAGAUAGAAGGAAGGUAGUAGACAGGUACUUUGAAACUGAUUAAUACCAUUAUAUGACGCCUUAACCACAGCUUGUGACAGAGGUAGAGUUACAUGAAUAGAUGCUCACUCUUGACGAUAUAUUCUAGCUUAGGUGACCUAGCUAAAAUCACCAUCCCCUUUCCCCAACGAGGCCAAGGUCAAGUUCCUACUAGCCCAAUAAAUACACCCCCCCUUACACAUCGCCCACCCACCCCCCAUCCACC